ACGUCACUAAACGCAAGCCCCUUUAAGUCGUUAAAGAGUCUUGGUGGAUCAUUUAAGAAGAGAGAAAAAUAUCUAGCACCCCACACAGGGAGCUGUAAGUCUACAAUACUGCAAAGCUUGGAAGCAAUUUAAACUUUUUAGGUGGGCUACCUGUGUGCCCCACGUGGCUCUCGUCGCCUCGUUACCAUAGUAUCCGCCCCCGUCUUUGGAUCUAUGAGAAAAAAGUUAUUGUCCGCAUGUCAAUAUGCAAAACGUUUUAAAGGACUGCUGUGGGCACAGUCGAAAAAGAAAUGCUAACGACUGCUAUAUGCCGUGGUCGUGGACAGAGAAGAGUUCUUCUUCUGUUUCUUAUUGCAUGUUUAUCGACCAGCCUACACUGGAAUCUCACCAGAAACGGGGGGGAAGACCUGUGUGUGUACGACAAAGACACUGAGUCAGACACUGGGGUUCACCUUACGAAAGCGCCGAGCUACUCCUGCGGCAAUGCCACCAGAGUACAGACACCGGUAGCAGACGACGCUUCUGUUGUCGGGUGCACAUCGGACAGCAGUGAGAUUAUCUAUAAGAAGGAUGUCAGGCUGCUUGGGCGACCUCUCGAUUCAACAAGAUUCUUAACUAUAGGGAUCCCAACGGUGGAACGAGUCUACAAAAACAUGUCUGUCUCUUACAUCGAAGGCACUCUGAACUCCCUCAUCUCCCACAUGACGGAGGAAGAAAUGAAAGAAGUCCUUCUCGUAAUUUUUCUCGCUGACUUUAAUCCCGCCUCUCGGCAUCGCAUCCUCCAUAAGCUUGAGACUCAAUACAAGAAGCACAUCGAGUCUAACCUCAUCCACGUCAUAGAGGCACCACGAGAGUUCUAUCCAAGGCUAAACGGUCUGAUUCGCACCUUCAAUGAUAAACCGGAGAGAAUGUUCUGGCGCUCUAAGCAGAGUAUUGAUUACGUGUUUCUAUUAGGGUACUGCGAGGGAAUGUCGCGGUACUACAUGCAAUUGGAAGACGAUGUCGAAUCUGAACCCCGAUUUAUCGCCACCAUAAAGAGAGUUAUUGAGAGAAACAAGCAAUUCAAAUGGACUUUCUUGCAAUUUAGUUUUUGGGGUUUCAUAGGGAAAUUCUUUCGGAAUGAAGAGCUGCCAUACUUGGGUUUAAUGUUGCGAAGGUUUUAUUCUGAUGUCCCAUGUGAUUGGAAUUUAAUGCACUUUAAGAAGCUACGCGGGGACAUUGGAGCGAUAAAUGCGUAUUUUGGCGGAGAACAGUUUCAUCAUAUGGGGCAUCAAUCGUCUUCUUUAGGGACAUAAACAUUGGUUCAAUCAGUGGAAGUUGCCUAGAGACAAAAGUGUAGGGUUAGGGUCGUCCUCCAAUUUCACCUUUCGCCCAUUAUCAAAAAGGUAAAAAGAAUUACAUAUAAUUUUGCUAGGGAGUUAUAUUUUUAAAAUCAUUUUCUCGCAUGAUUUUCAGUCAUAUUCGUUUUAACGAGACAUCUUAGUAUCCAAAAUCCUCUGCUUCCUCUUCAUAAGCUGCCUGGAAUAGGAACGGGGUUGCAUUUUUUUACUUUCGGGGGGGGGGGGGGGGGGUGCACCUAUGGUUUAAAACGGUUAGCCUGUGCUCGGUAUUUCACUAUAUUCCUUUAGAAUUCUCAAGAAUAUCGUAGUAAACGUUAUACCUGUAUUGAUUAAAUUAGGAUAUCCGAAAAGGGAUGAGCAAUGGGGAGCGAGGGUUAGCAAAGAAUAUGAACUUGACCGAAAACUGACAACGUAAAAUGUCUGACAGACUUUGUAAUGAACUAGAAUUUCCGUUUAAUCAAAGCUUCAGUGUGAUACUCAACACUUCGAGUCGCAUAAUUUAUGAUUUUUGGAUUCUAUAUUUUUGUUUGAUACCUCCACACCCGAUGGAUUUACAAAAGAAAAUAUGAACUCUAGAAUCUGAACUGCUCCAAAGAAAUUGAAGAAGAGUAGCUUACGAGAGAUUUAAUCACAGUAUUUUAUAAAACCUUAGAACACAAAUUAUUUUUAGAUUGAAUGCAUUUCAAUGUA